GUACAUAAAUACUGGACAGCUGUAACUGCCUCUCUACUUCUUCACAGAUAUCUGAAAAAUUGGGGAGAGUGCAGCUACAGCAAUCAAACUGAACCAAAAGAAAGUAAAGAGCCAGAGAAUAACGAACCCCAAACCAUGUCUGAAGUCUAUUCCAGCGAGUUGCGGAUUGUGUUGGUUGGGAAGACUGGAGUUGGGAAGAGUGCUGCAGGAAAUGUCAUUCUGGGUAAAAAACGUUUUACAUCUGAAUUAUCAGACACCUCAAUAACAAAGGAGUGUAAAGAGGUAACAGCUCAGACCUUCGGGAGAAAGGUUACUGUGGUCGACACUCCAGGCUUGUUUGACACAAGUCUGUCCAAUACAGAAACUGCUAAAGAGAUUGUGAAAUGUGUUGAGAUGACAUACCCUGGACCCCAUGCUUUCCUCCUGGCGAUUAGGCUCGGUCGAUUCACUAAGGAAGAGAAGGAAACAGUCCAGAUAAUCAAGGAGGUUUUUGGUGAGAGAGCUUCGAAGUACAUGAUGGUACUUUUCACUCAUGGGGAUAACCUGGACGAAGAUGAAACAAUUGAAGAUUUUAUUAAAAAAUGCAGUGAGGACAUCAAGCAGCUGAUUACGUCAUGUGAAGGCAGAUAUUCUGUGAUCAGUGGAAAAAAAAUAAAGGAUCAGGAUCAGACCAAACAACUACUGGAGAAAAUAGACAAGAUGGUGAAGGAAUGUCAAGGGAACUUCUUUUCUGGUGAAUUGUUCCAGAUGAUGAAGGAAAGAAUUGAACAGGAGAAGAAAAUACAAGAGUAUAAAGAAGAAGUGAAACGUGAAAGAGAACAGAAAGCAUUGAUGGAAAGAUAUGCAAGAAGUUGUGAGGAAAAGUUGCAGAAUGUUAGCAGAUGUUCUAUCUGUUAGAGCGUAAUUUUAAAGAUAUUGUCUGUCUUUCAUUCUUAUAUCAAUUGCAUCCAUACCUAUUAUUUGGUGUGCCAGUAUUGCUAUAAAUUAUUGGCAAUAUUAAUCUUUGGAUCGACAUAUCUGAACAGAAAGAAUGUAGGCACAAUAUCACCACAUUUCUACUGAUCAUAUUCCUUAAACAUUCGCUAUCUUCAUAUUGAUUGCAUUUAUUUAUAUAGAACCUUCUAACUUUCAGUGUAAAAAACUGUAUUUACUUUGUACUUAUAACUUUGUAUCUGUUAAUUAACUGUUAUCAGUAACAAUGUAGAUAAAGGUUUGAGUUUGUAUAAAACAUGAUGAAGUGCACUUGGCCAAAAUCUCAUUUUUCAUAUUGUUUUACUGUUUGUUUCUCCUUUUAAAUAAAUAAUAAAUAAUGGAUUUUUAA